AUGUCUCAACAAUCGUCUUCCUUCUCUCCCAAAGAAGGGUCUUCUAUCAAUGUGCAUAACACUGCUACAAGCACUAAUAUGAUUAACCCUAUUGAGGUUCUAAAUAUUGUACCUUUGAGAAUGGUGCAUGUUGAUGAUUUGAAGGUAGGGAAACCGCGCACUCCACAUGUACGACAACCAAAGGAGGAUGUUCGCGGCAGAACCACCAAUCCCUCAUCUUCCACUCCUCGUGAGGAUUUAACAAAGGAAGGAUCAAGGUAUGUUCACAAAGCCAUUGCUAAAAUUGUCACUCGUAUCUUGGAUGAACAACAUCAAGUCCCUAGGAUAUCAGUUCCUCUCAAAACUGUGAUCCAUGAUCCCCCUCAGAACCCUGAAUCCGCUGUUGUACCCAAGGAAGACAUCAUAGGAAAGAACUCUAAUGAUAAUGAUGUCCACAUCGCUGAUAAUGAUGCUCACACUCCUGAAGGUGAUGUCACAAAGGAUGUCAAUGACAUUGGGAAUAUUGGUGCUGAUGCUGGUACAGGUACUGCUACAAGAACAGCCUCAUAUGUUGUGGAUCUUGAUGAGUUUUCUGAUAAUGAUCUGGUAGCUGCUGUGAACCCUGGCUUAACCAAGAGGCUUAUGACUAGGAGAAAAGGUAAGGCUGCUGUACAAAGUUCCCCAAAGAGAAAGGUUCCUCCUAUAAGUCCCUUUGCUGAUUUUAUCAGGAAGAAAAGUACCUCUACAGGUCCCAUAAAGAGUAGAGCUAUGUCUCAGAGUGUUUCUGUUGACAUUCCACUAAGGAAGAAACCAACAACUAGCAAGCUAGUUGCUAGUGUUCCUGGGGUACCCAUUGAUAAUAUCUCUUUUCAUUAUCCUUCCGGUGUCAAUAGGUGGAAAUAUGUUUACCACAAGAGGUUAGAUUUGGAAAGGGAGUUGGCUAAGAAUGUCCUUGAGAAUAAAGAAAUCAUGGACCUAAUUCGUGAAGCUGGACUAUUGAAAACUGUUAUUCAUUUGCCUACGUGUUAUGAAAUGCUGGUUAAAGAGUUCAUUGUGACUCUAUCAGAAAACUGUGCUGAUAGAAAAUCAAAGGAUUUUAGAAAAGUAUAUGUUAGAGGAAAAUGUGUUAACUUCUCCUCCACUGUUAUCAACAACUUUCUUGGAAGAUCUAAUGAAGCUCAACCUGAGAUGGAAGUGACUGACAAUAAAAUAUGUGAGGUUAUCACGGCUAAGCAGGUGAAAGCCUGGCCCCUGAAAGGAAAACUUUCUGCAAGCAAGCUCAUCAUAAAAUAUGCAUUGCUACACAAGAUUGGAGCUGCUAAUUGGGUGCCCACAAACCACAAGUCAUCUGUUGCUAUUGUGCUGGGAAAGUUUAUAUAUGCUGUUGGAACCAAGACCAAGUUUGACUACGGUACUUACAUAUUUGAUCAGACAAUGAAGCAUGUAGGGAGUUAUAGUGUGAAGGGUCCUAUUGCUUUCCCAUCUAUCAUAUGUGGUAUAAUUGUGAAUCAGUACCCUAAUAUCCUAAGUGAAAAUGAUACGGUUUGCAAGAGAGAAAGUGCUUUAUCAUUUCACUACAAACUGUUUCAAGGAACACAUGAUCCUGACAUUGUCACAACAUUAGUUGGAACAUCCAAAGACAACACAACUACAAGUAAGGCUACCGUGAUUGAAAUGCUAAGGGAAACAUGUAAGGAGCUAGAGUCCAAAAAACUAGGUCUUGAAAAAUUGAUCAGCUCCCUUGAGAUGGAUAAAGGAGCUGAGUUUGUUGAUGCUGAUAUGGACGAACAGAAUGAAUCAGACAGAGAAGUUGAGAAAGAAGCCUGUCAAGAUGAUGGCACUGAUAAAGACACUUCAGAUGCAGAACUCAGUACCUCUGAGUCUGAAGUCUGA